AUGUCGCACACUUCUACCGCCACUGCAACAGCAUCGGACUGGCAACGGACCGCUGAUGGUAUUCUCGGUCUGCACAAGCACAUCUUGGCCAGCGGCGAGAUGAGUGAUGUGCGGUUUGCCGUUGGUCGCCAGCUUGGUGAAGCCAAGAUCUUCCCAGCUCAUAAAUUCGUGCUAAGCCUCAAUAGUACGGUUUUUCGUACCAUGUUCAACGGAAACUGGAAGGAAAGCGGUGAGCAGCCCAUCGAUGUCCCGGAAAUCUUGCCAGAGGCGUUCAGUAAUAUGUUAAAGUAUAUGUACACUGGCUCUGUGGAUGCCACUGAUGAUCUGAAGGUUAAUAACAUCUUCGAGACCAUAUACUGCGCUGACAAAUAUGAUCUACCGAUGCUGGGCGACCUGUGCUCAAAUUUCAUCAACAACAAGCUAUUUGCACUCAACGCCCACACCUGCCUGAUUUACUUGGAGAAGGUCAAGCGAUGUGCGUGCAUACAGCCAGACCGCGCCGCCGCCAUCGAGACGAAAUGUCUGGAGUUUGCCGACAAAUUUAGUAGAAAUGUUUUGGAAUCGGACCAGUUUAGCGCAAUCGGCCAGGACGUACUGAAAGCGAUUGUCCAACGCGGAACACUUUCCGCUGGCGAGGAAAUCGUCUGCUCCGCUGUGGAAAAGUGGGCAGUGGCGCAGUGCGCUCAAGAGAAUUUGGAGCCAACCCAAGCCAACCGGCGUACAGUUCUGGGUGAUGCACUGUUCUGCGUCCGCUUCCCUCUGCUGACGGAUGCGCAACUGGCUAACGGACCCGUUCAAAGUGGUCUGCUGCUGGAAAGUGAAGUUGCGGACCUUUACCGGUACAAACAUUACCAGUACAAACCUUCCAAUUAUCGCCCACAACUCCCUUUCCCUACCCAACACCGCAGCGGCUCGGUUCUGCGCCUCUCGAAAGGCGAUGUGGAAUUCACCAACGGGGAACAGGUGUUUGUGGACUGUGGUCAAGGCGAGCUUUGGUAUCCCGCCGUGGUUAAAGGAAUCCGGGGAGCGGAAAUCAGCGUAAUGCGAACAGGCAAACAAACCAUGCUACACUGCCGGCCGUACAAGAUCGUUCGUGCUGCGGAUGUCCUGAAAACUGGACAGGAGAUCAAGGCUCGCGUGGGACGCCGUUAUGUCACCGCUACCUUGCGUACAAUCUGGAACAAUCAUUACACUGUGGAAGUCGAUCACAAAUACCAUGAAAUCCAGCUGCGGCAGCUGCGUAUCGGUCAGGACCAGAUGAAGUCCUGGAAGAAGGCCAACUGCACGUGUUUCUAUUGUUAG